AUGAAGGAACCCCAACCUGCGUUCGACGUGGGCACCCCCGUCGCAUCCACCCCCAAGCAGCUCCGCUUCCUGGUGAUCGGCGCCGGGUCUCGCGGAAACGCAUACAGUCGCGCUGUCACAACCGCAACACCCGGGGUGAUUCAUGCCGUGGCCGAGCCGCACGAAUUCAAGCGGCGCGAAUUCGGCCGGAACUAUAUCUGGGGGCCGGAUGGCGUUCCUGGGGAUGGACAGGAGUUUGCCGACUGGCGCGAGUGGGCGCAGUGGGAGGUCGAGCGACGGAAAAAUCGCCCGACACACGACGACGGUGAUGGAACUGCUACGUCGCCAGUUGGCGUGGAUGGGGUCUUUGUUUGUACACUGGACGAGACACAUGUCGAGAUUCUGCAGGCGAUCGCACCGCUGCAGCUACACAUCCUAUGCGAGAAGCCACUGGCUUUAUCGCUCGACGACUGUUUGACCAUCUACCGAGCGUUGCAGCCACCGCAAGGCGAAGCAAGCCAGCCCUCGCCGCCGUCGACGAUCUUCUCAAUCGGUCAUGUCUUGCGGUACAGCCCACACAACACGCUCCUGCGCAGGCUCUUGCUAGAAGACCGCGUCAUCGGAGACAUCGUCUCUCUGGAGCACUGCGAGCCCGUGGGCUGGUGGCACUUUGCCCACAGCUACGUGCGCGGCAACUGGCGGCGUGGCACGGCAGCAGGCGACGGGUCGCUGCUCACCAAAUCCUGCCACGACAUCGACUUCAUCCUGUGGCUGCUGUGCUCGCCGCCAUCCCUCGAGGCUGCGCGCACCCACGGCCACUCGCCGCACUUCCCGCGCACCAUCUCAUCGGCCGGGUCGCUUACGCAGUUCCGGCGCGCGCGCAAGCCCGCCGCCGCCGGCUCUGCCACCAACUGUCUCGCCUGUCCCGCCGAGCCCGACUGCGGCUACAGCGCCCGCCGCAUCUACCACAGCCGCCACCUGGCCCGCGGCCACACAGCCUGGCCCGUGGAUAUUGUGUGCCCAGACAUUGAAGACGUGUUCCGGGGCGCAGGCGGGCCCGACGCGGCCGAAGAACACCUCCUCGCCCGACUCCGCGAGGACUACGACCGCGCCCACGACCCGGACGACACUAUUGCCUCGCGGCCCUGGUACGGCCGCUGUGUCUAUGAAGCCGACAACACGGUCUGCGACGACCAAGUCGUCACACUGGCCUGGGACGACGAGCCAACCGCGCCGCACCGCCUCGCCAAGACCGCUUCUUUCCAUAUGAUCGCCCCGACCGAGAAGCAGUGCGAGCGCCGCGGCCGCGUGUAUGGCACUGCCGGUGAGAUCGCGUACGACAGCCGCUCGAUCUCCGUCUAUGAUUUCCGCUCGGCGCAGACCUCCGUCAUUGACGUGCCUCGCCCGCCCCCCGAGGAGACCGAGUCGCAUGGCGGCGGCGACUAUGGGCUUGCGCGCCAGUUUGUUGCCGCUGUCGAUGCUGUGGUUAAUGGUGCGCUCGAUAUCGAGACGGCUCAGGCUCUCUUUGUGGGCUGUACUCUUGAAGAAGCGGUGCGGAGCCAUGCCGUGGUGUUUGCGGCGGAGGAGGCGCGCCGCGAGGAGAAGGUCGUGCGGUGGAGUCCGUGGUGGGAGGAGAAAUUGAAUGCUUCUGCUGCUGGCACGGCAUGA